AUGGAACAUCAUCGAAAUACAAAUUAUCAUAAAUAUGCUGUUGAACGGGCAAGAAAUUUUGUAAGCGUUAUGGAAGGUCAAACUCGUGAUAUUACAGAGUCGUUUAAUGAAGAAAAUAAAAAAAUUGCCCGAGAAAAUAGAGAGAGGCUAUGUGCCAUAGUGGACACAAUCUUAUUUUGCGGACGGCAGGAAUUGCCUUUGAGAGGAAAUCAAGACUCUGGUGAAAUCGGUAUUAUAGAUCCUCUAUAUAAUGACGGUAAUUUUCGUGCAUUACUUCGUUUUCGUGCGCAAGCUGAUGAUGAAGUACUUAAAAAUCACCUUAUUUCUCAAAGCAAUCAUUCUCGGGCUAUGUACACAUCGUCCGUCAUUCAAAAUGAAAUUAUUGAUUUGUGUGGAAAUGCUAUUCAGGAGCAAAUAAUAAAUAGAGUCAAACAAUCAGGUUUCUUUGCUGUACUUGCCGACGAAACUCAAGACAUUUCGCGUCACCAACAACUCUCACUUUACCUUCGCACAUCUAUCGAAUCUUUUGAAAUAUCUGGACGAGACGAAUAUGUAGAGCUCCAUAAUCACUCACCCAGUAUACCAAUUGUAGAACGCAGUCAAGAUAUAAUACAAGCACAGUAUGUGGAUGUGGACGAAAGAGCUGAUCAAGCUGAGUAUGCAGAGCUUAAAAAUGUGACACUAGAUAAUAUUGAUAUAACACACAAUGGGGACUUAAACUUGGUACGGAGUUGA